AUGGAUUUUUGUAUAACACAAAAACAAGUCCCAACUGUGAAACGCAUACACAGAACAUUUGCAGAGGAGUACAACUACUCAGGUUCCAUAGAAAGCCUACGAACAGUAAUUAGAAAGAUGGGAUUUCGUUGGCGAAAAACCAGAACUAAUAGAAAAUUAUUAAUGGAAAAGCCCAAUAUUCAACAUCUUAGACUGAAUUUCUUACGUAGUAUGAAACGUUACAGGAACGCAAAUCGCCCAAUUAUAUACAUGGAUGAAACAUACGUCCAUUCAUCUCAUACCUACCAAAAGAGCUGGUCUGAUAGUUCAAACAAGGGCAUACAAAAACCAGUAUCUAAAGGACAGAUGCUUGUGAUAGUGCAUGCUGGAGGUAAAAGUGGUUUUGUUAAAAACGCUUAUCUGCGCUACAAACCUACUACAAAAACAGGAGAUUAUCAUGAUGCAAUGAACUACGACAAUUACAAAAAGUGA